AUGUCGGAGCCGCAGCUCAAGGGCGAGAGGUCCAGCGAGGCCGUCUGGGCCCGAUUCGAACCUAUGAUCUCUGCGCCCGCAUUACCUCGCAAACCAGCAAAUAUGUUUGCAACGUUGGCAGAAGCCAAAUCUUCUUCCACUGCUGCGUCCAUCCUGCCAAGGCGGUCCCGCAUCAGCAGCCGGGAGGACACCGGGGAGGAGUCCGGGGAGGGAACGGACGAAGGCGGAGACGAUGUGGACCUUUACGGCAACCUUAAAACCACUUUAGUUUGGGACUGUACAGGCCGGCGACUGUGUCUCUCAGCCCGCCAGUACGCCGAAUCAUCUAGGAAGCUGGAACUAAAAAUGAAAGGCAUGUUGGAUACGGCGUCAGGACAGCAUCGCAUUUGGGGACACGUCCGCCGAAACUUCUACACACACGUGCCUCUACUUCAGCGGCUCCUCACUGCCCAGUCGCAGCGUCAGUCGGGUGGCUGGGUGGAUGAGCCUGAUCUGGAUCCUGAGGCCUGGCUGCCAGGCGGUCUUCGCUGCUUGCUGCUUCAGGACUGGUGCAUCGCGCCGGGUGUGUCGUACGAUACGGCACGCUCGCCGCCGCUGCCGCCGAGCGCCUCCGCCAGCGGCGGCGGCAGCAGCGGUGGCGGCCUUGGCGGGUUUGGUGGUGGCCAUGUGGGGCUGCCCGCCUUGCUGGGUCAGCGGCUGAGAUACCAAGUUUCUAUCAAGAAGAAUCCGCAGGUCAUCAAAAACGGCGCCACGUUGGACCUGUGGGUUCAGGCGCGGGCACUGGCGGAGUUUGACCCGAAGGCGUCGGAGGUGGCCUUGGGAGCUUCUCUACGUCUCAAGGCGGUCAGGUACGGCGUUACGGCAGCCCAGGAUGUGCGGCUAUCACUGGGACUGGAUGUCGUACACAAUGAGGCUGGGCAGCUGACUCCGAUGCCGUACAUCCAUGCCAGCGAUGGCAAGUUUGGCGCACGGCUCCAGAACCGGCGAUGGCAGAUUACUUACACGCUAUAGUGGGCGCGCAAGCCAACUCAACAGCUCUGGUUAGGCCGGCCCUGUGCUCCUGUCUUGGCUAAGAGCGAAGGGCCUGAGCGUCGAGCCAGGUGUCCAAGUGACGCCGGCGAUGGUUGGCCAAAUUGACAUGGUCUCGCUUGGAGCUGCGAUAAUGUUUUGUUUCAUGAUGAGCGGAUUGCCGCGGCACGUGAACCAUUCGUGAGGCAUCGACUGUAAACCCACGCAGUAA